UCCUUCUUAUCGAUUUUGAAAUUGCCUGAGAGGAGUGAAAACGAUUUUUUGAUUUUCGCGUAUAGAGUAGAGGAGUUUGAGUGAAACUGUAAAACACAUAUCGCACGGCCAUGCUCCUCAAAACUAGCUUAUCGUGCUUGGUGGUUUUAGUUCAAUUUGGCCUUUUCGGGGCCGUGCCUUUGGAAUACGCUCCAGACGAUGGGGAUGUUUUCGAUGAGGUUCAGCAGCUGCUUUCGUUAAAUAGGGCUGUACGACAGGAACAGGGUGGAGAUCCAACAGAAUCACUAGCAAAUCCACAUUCAGGAGAAGAUCCUGCGGACAAGCCUGACGUACCAAGAGCAGUUAAAAAUUGGCCACAGGAAGACUUGAAACUUGGACAAGUUUCAGCAGUUUCUGUGAAUUCAGCCUUACAGCCAGUGAUUUUCCAUCGGGCUGAUCGAUUAUGGGAUCAAUACUCUUUCAAUCAGACCAACCACUACCAGCAAAGCCAUCUAGGACCAAUCAAAGAGCACACAGUCCUAACUCUGGAUAGUCAAACAGGAAACGUUUUAGGCAAAUGGGGUGCCGGUAUGUUUUACAUGCCUCAUGGAUUGACUAUCGACAGACAUGAUAACCUUUGGAUAACCGAUGUUGGAUUACAUCAGGCUUUUAAGUAUAAACCUGGAGAACUGGUACCUACAAUCAGCUUCGGUGAACGUUUUAUCCCUGGAGCAAGAUCCGACUCAAAGCACUUAUGCAAACCUACCUCGAUUGCCGUAGCAACCACUGGUGAAAUAUUCAUUGCUGACGGUUACUGUAAUAGUAGAAUACUCAAAUAUAAUGCUGCUGGCGUGUUGUUAAGGAUUAUUCCAAAUCCACCAGAGUUCCUAUCACUCCAAGUUCCUCACUCGCUCGCGCUCAUCGAAUCUAUGGACCGACUAUGUAUAGCGGAUAGAGAAAACAUGAGAGUGGUUUGUCCUAGAGCUGGGCUCUAUAGUCUGCAAGGGAAAAAAGAACCUGCUCUGACUAUUCAGCAACCUGAUAUGGGAAGAGUUUUUGGGGUUGCUGCAAAAGGAAAACUAAUUUAUGCUGUCAAUGGUUUCACUAGUCCCAUGUUACCGAUCCAAGGAUUAACCAUUGACCCUGAAACUGAAACUGUGAUAGAUCAUUGGGCACCUGAAGGGGGCUUCAACAAUCCCCACGACAUAGCAAUUUGCGCCAAUGGUUCAGCCCUUUAUGUGGCCGAAAUAGGACCAAAUAAAAUUUGGAAAUUUGAAUUGGUACCACCAAAGAAGUAAAUAGUUUUGAACUAGGAUUGUAUUUAUUUUUGGUAUAAAUACAGUUUCUGUUUUUUUCGAAGUUCAUAGCCAAAGCACUUACAUAGAAGGUAUAGCUUCAGUUUGUUCCUAUAUUUACGGUUACUUUGAGCGCUGGCGUUCAAGGAUUAACUUUUGGCAGCUCUAUAAUAAAAACUUCCAAGAUUUCAUGUAGUUGAUGCUAAUUUAAUUAUUCGGCAUUAUGAGCCAAAUAAAGCCUUGUCACAAAACGCUUUUUAGUGUUGAAGAUAUAUCCUAUUUGUAUGAAAUAUUUGAAUGAUUUUUUUAGGUCAAACCCAGCCUUAAAAUUAAAAAGUAGUAAAGUAAAUUAGGAAAAUGCAUGCUUAUGUUUUCAAAAAAGAAUUUGUGAAAUGUUUCGGUAAGAGCUUAUGUAGGUACCUAAACUAAAACAUACUAAUAUACAUCCACAUAUCCACGUGAUAAAAUCAAAAUAUUAUUUUAAAUUAUUUGUUGACAAUAUAUUAGGUGAUUUAUUUUGUCUGUUGAAAAAUACCCACUGGUAGACAAUAACUUCAAAAAGUGAAUUUGUUUGAAAAUAAAAUGUUGUUUUAGACA